CACAUAUAUUAAAGAGUUGGGAGAAAUAAAAAUAAAAGAAUGUAAGAUUUUUGCAUUGAUUAUGGGCAAAGAUAAAAGUGCAUUUUCUUUACAUGUGAAUUAUGUAGAUGAUGAAACCUCUGAAAUUAUUGUUCAUUUAAUUCAGCAUAAAACUAAAAAAAAACGGUUAACUCCUAAGUUAUGUUGGAUUAUUGUCGGUCUACCUGCGCACAUUAAUUUUGAUCCAAUCAACUAUCUGAUUAUACUUAGAAGCAAGAAAUAUUCUAAAUUUGAAAAGAAUAAUUAUUGUAUUGUAAAAAUUAAUGAGCUUUCAAGCUUAUCGAAAUCUUGUAUAUUAUGUACUUGUGUGUUAGAACCAGAUAUAAUAACUGAUAGUUCAGGCUCAAUAGACGAUAACUCUUCUAUCAUCUCAGCACCAAAUAACACUUCUACCAUGUCAGAAUUAAACUCAACAAUUAAUAACUCUGUAUCUUAUAAUACUGUUAUGACAAAAGUUAUUAAAGAUAUUUCAUCUAUUAUUAUUGGUACUCAUAUAACACUUUCUAAACACUCAGCAUGCUUAUUCGGCUAUGAUAGAAAUAAAGAAUUGGAUAAAAAUAUUUUACAAAGACUAUCAUUACAUGUUUGUGUAACAGAUGAAAUUGUCUCUCCUGAAACAUGUAACUUUCAAACUGGUUUAGGUAUCCCUCUUGAAGUAUGUAGCUCUGGUCAAAUGGAAGUUAUAUGGCAUAAGAGUAAAACUCGUAAAGGACUAUCUUAUGGGAAAAAUACUUUGUUUGCAAAUAAUCAAGUCUCAGAAAAUCUGAUCUUUGUCAAUCAACUUUUUGAUUGUUUCGAAAAUGGUUCUGAAAAUUGCCAAUAUCAUGGAUCUGCCAACGUUAAACCUG